AUGCUGUUCUCCCUGCGGGAGCUGGUGCAGUGGUUGGGCUUCGCCACCUUCGAGAUCUUCCUGCACGGGCUGGCCCUGCUGGCGUUCUCCGUCCUGCUGGUCCUGAAGGUGGACGGCGAGGCCUCGGCGCUCUCCUGGUGGGUCGUCUUCGUGCCCUUCUUCGCCGCCGACGGCCUCAGCACCUACUUCACCGCCAUCGUCUCGGUGCGGCUCUUCCAGGACGGCGAGAAGCGCCUGGCCGGUAUUGGAUACUGGAAAGAUUUCAGGGUAUUGGAUACUGGAAAUACCACUCUCAUCUCCUAUGACCUUGUAGAGGCUCAUGAUGGAAAUAUUAAGACUGGUGAAAGCAAAGAGAGAACAGAAAUAAAUGAUACAGAAGGCAAGUCCAAAGUCCAAGCUGGGCUUGCUGCCGGCGGCGGAGGAGCCCAGAGCCACAGCAAGGACUCGCCAGCCAGCUCGGAGAGAUCCCACCUGGGCACACACGUCCGGGUGCUGCUGGGCGUGCGGCUCGGGGCGUGCCAGCAGUGGUGA